AUGGUGUAUCACAAAGCAGCUUGUCUAUUGCUCGCCGGCCCCGUGGCAAUCUUGGCUUCGCCAUUCGCCCAGCAAACCACGCCUCUUACCUCUACCUCCGCAACCACUUCCCCUUCCUCUACCCAACCACUACCGGAGACAAUCACCACCGAGGUCAUCAGCGCCACCAUCUCAGGCCAAUGGACCACUUUCACCCACACGAAUGAAGCUCGAAUGUCUGUUGCGAUCGACGGUCGCCGCAAUCUCUAUUUGGCGGAUCCGCUUUUCAAGAAAGUCGUCGAUCUGGUUUACAACAAGCAGGUGUGCUCGAAUGCCCCGGAUAGACCUACGAGCACUGUCACGAGCAGUCUCGCGACCAUGUUCGCUUCGAAUACGUCUGCCAUCUCGACGUCUAUUUCAACGACAUCGCAGGCUCAGCCGACGUCCCCAACCACGCUGUCCACAUCUCCAACUCCUAUGUCAUCGUCUAUCACGACGACGACAGCUAGUUCCAAGUCAGCCGCACCGGCGCCUUCGGGAUCUGGUAGCCCACAGGGAGAGUCGUGCUCUGUCAAUGGCGAGCUCGUUUGCGACGUGAAUGACUCUUCUGUAUUCGGAGUCUGCAACUGGAGCAAGUACGUCUGGCGAGACGUGGCAGCAGGAACAGCAUGUCAGAACGGCACCAUCGUUGGAGUUGGCAUCUACUCCACGCCUUCUCACAAACGCAGCCAGCCACUCCACGAGAUACCAGCGGAGAAAUCUGAAGGUCACCCCAAACGUGACGACUCCACACCCUACGUCCUCGACAGGCCAGUACCCGGCGUCUGCUUCGACGAUGACAUGAAAGCCAUCAUGGACGGAAUGAAGCCCGGUGGCAGCUUCACAGCUGACUUCAUUUCCCCAACAUGGUUCAUCGGUCUUUCUCAAGUCGUGCCCGGCUAUGAGGUCCAGGUCAUUCCGCAUGGCAACACGAACUUCACCCAGUACGUGGAGGUGUGGGAGAGCUACGCCUUUUAUGAUCCUGAUCUCCUCUGGGUCGACCGCGACCAGCUCAAGGAGUCUGUUGAUCGUGUUGCUUACUUCCUGUUGUAUCCGGAGAAUUGGUAUGAGCAGUUCCAGGCAGAAGCACAAUUGCAUUUUUGA